AUGAAUGGUCCUAGUUCAGCUGUUGUUGGUAGUGCUGGGACUGUUCCUGCACAAUCAGGCCAAUCUCCAUGUGGGGCCACGGGUUAUGGGAACCAGGGAUAUGGCUAUGGUGGUUAUGGUGGGAAUGAGGGGUAUGCUAAUCCUAACAGCUAUGGUGCUGUAGGGGGGCAUGCUUCAAGCACCCGAAAUGCUAAUGCUGGUGGUGGUGGGGGAGACCAACAAGGGGCAGGUACUGGCUACAUGGGCAGUGGCUAUGGUGAUGCCAAUGGGAAUUCUGGCUAUAUGAAUGUAGGAUGGAGGGGUGAUGGCUAUGGUGCCACCCAGGCAAAUGGCCCCUCUGGUGGUUAUGGUGGUGGUUACAGAGGUGAUCAGUCCAGGCAGGCUCAACAGUAG